CUCUCUUUCUCAGCUGCCUUGGGCCCAGAGAUCCUGUCAGGGCUUCUCCAGAAUUACCAGUGAAGACGGCCAUAAAGUUUCCUGUCACUGCUGCUCCAAAACCUGCUGAGGCUCGACAGAAACACUGUGAAGGUUCAUUCUGCUGCAACUCCAGUCCCUGCUACGGUUCUAGAGCUCCGUGUCAAAGAAGCUCAGGUUGCAAAGUUUCCCAGAGGUUCCUCACAUGACUACAAGUUUCCUCCUUUUGGUGCAGAGGUUCAUGCCACAGUUGCUAAAGAAGUUCCAGCCAAAUUACAUAUGUAACCCUGGGAUUUCUACUCACAGUUAAACAAAAGUAUUUAGGACCUUAAUGAUAAUGUUUCGGGUACUGAAUUACAUAGUUCUUUACAAUGUCUUUAUGGGUAUCUACCCCUUUAAGAGCAUCAUUUAGCCUGAUAGUUUGGUUGUAAUUUACAUGUGAAAAACGUGGGUUUUACCAACAAGUUAGUGUUUGUCCGUUAUUCAUUGGUGAAUUAUUGAAUAAGCCCACCUUAUAUCUACGUAAUGUGAAGUUUGAUUGGUUCUUGGGAAGGAACACGACAGGAGGAAACAUGGUUUACUAGGCUGAGGAUAGGACAUACAGGACUGAACAGUAAUUUACAUAGAAUAGGGAAGCAUGAGACAGGUGUGUGCCCAUAUUGUGAGGAAAUAGAAACUGUGACGCAUGUACUUUUGAUAUGUAGGCAGUAUCAUGGAGAGAGAGAAAAGAUUAAGAGGGUAACAAAAUCUGUUAAUUUAAGCAACUUGUUGAAAAUACCAGGGAUACAGUCUACAAUAAAAGCAGUGAUAGAAUUUCUUAAAAGAACACAGUUAGCAAAAAGAAUUUAGCCUUAGUGUUUAUUUUAGUUUUAUUUUCUAUGGAGGUUGAGUCGAGGUUGAAGCUGGAGGAGCUAAACACGUAGCGCCAGCUGAAGCUUGGGCUCUAACUCUCUGUUAUUUAUAUUUAUUAAUUUUUCUCUCCCAAUGUGAUCACACCCAUUCCAGUAGAUGGCGGUAAUGCACAUAGCUUGCAAACUGCCAAUAAAAAUCACAGAAGAAGAAGAAGAAGUUCUUGGGAAGGGGGAGGGAAAAGGAGAGAGAGUCGAGUCGAGGCGAAGGAGGAAGGUGUGUGUCGAAGCGCGCCGAUGUAUGUGUGAGAGAAUCACGAUUAAUCCGAAUAGGAUUGAUUGAUUUUAUUUCUUUGAGCAACGAAAAGUAUUGAAACUAUCAGAAAAGUAUUGAUUUAGCAGCAUUGAUUUUGUUUCGUAAGGUUUGCCGGCUGUAAACUGAACGCUGAGUUGAUUUUCUGUUUAGCCGUACACUUGUGUGAGUUCCGGGCAAGUUAGUGCUUACUACACAUGAAAUAGUGACUAAGUAGCUAAAUACUAAAGUGGACUUUAAAUACCAGCAUGAAUAGCCGUGAUAAGGAGAAGCUGCACGAUCCAGGUAGCGCCCUGAAUCACCGAGAGGUUCAGGGUUCCCCUGGCAACGGGGGAUUGCGAGGAUCGCCAGGACGCGCAUAUCAGUGAGAACUGAGUGAUUAAAGUUUCCUAACGAGGGAGGACUUUCCACUACGGAGUUGAGGUAGCACCUUUAAUAUUUAUUUGGCUCUUUGGAGUGAAGCGGCCAAUUAUCCUUUUGUUUGCGGUCACAACGCACUCGAGCAACGGUUACAGGCCUGCAACGAGGGGUGAGCGUGAUUGUGUGUGUGUGUGUGUGGGCCCACUAAAGUUAAUGUGAUUAUUUGUCAAAUUAUAACUGCCGUUUAUUUUCCUGAGGGGUGUUUGAAUUAUUAUUAUUCAUUUUCUGUUAAAGGGAAGUUUCAUUUAGCCUAUUUGUAAAUAUAUAGGCAUUUAAAAAGUGUAAAAUCAUAUUGAGAGACAUUUGAUUUAUUAUUGGGUAGCAGAGUCAUACUCAACUGUAAUUCAUAUUCAUUUGUGAUUGAUAUUCAAUUCUAAAAGUACAUUAAUCUGAGAAAUUGUGUAUAAUUUUAGGAUCCCAACCGACAAUUUUAAAAUAGACAGCAUUGUAAUUUAGGCCUACUGUUUAUUUAUCCUCCUUUUUGUUUCAAAUUUUCCAUUUUUUUAUUUAAUUUCAUGUUUUUGUUAAUAAACAUUUUAAUCGUUUACUUGAAGUGAUUUCAUCCAGUCUUACUGAUUGGUUUGUUUGGAAGUUAAAUUGAAUAUUUCUUUUGGGAUUAAGUUAUUCUCAUAAAAUGCCUGAUUAUAGCUAAACUGAGGAAAUAGGGAGUUGUGCUAAAGGGUGUUAAGUGAGUUCCCUUAUAGUUUAGUCGAGAGACUACAAAAUUCGAACCUGAGUACCCGCCCUAAUAGCUCAAGUACGUCAUAAUUGAGAGGGAAGAGGGUGCUACAUAAAGUGGUGGCCCGUACGGGGAAUUUUCUUUUCGUUUCCCCCUAGUUAUAAAUAACUUAAACUCCCUCAUUAUAUUAACCUUGUACUGUUCUAUCCUUUCUUGUGGUGAUGGAUUUGAGUGGAAACCCUGAGCUUCGAGCAGAACUGACCUCAUGGUGCAAAGAAGCUGUGUUGGAUGAAAAUCAUGCCCUUUUGCUGGUAGGGGUUCCCGCUGAUGCUGACGUGGCCUAUAUAGAGGAUGUAGCUUAAACAGUGAAAGCUUGGGGAAGAGUACGAGUAAGAGCUACUAAAGCGGGUGUUAACCCCGAUACUUUGAAAGUAUUAUGUGAGUGUCGGGAAUUGGUUAGCACAUCGACUGUCCCACCACUAUUGCUCCCUGAGGAGGGGGGGGGGAUCCCUGGAAAGUGGUCAUAGUUCAGGGGUGUGACCCAUCUCCGUCAGAGUUUGCAGAAAAGCUGGCAAUGUUCCUCGCUAAUGAAGGGAAGUCCAUGAAGGAUUUGCAAUCUUUAGUUUCUCCUUCCGGUCACAAUGUUGGUUCUCCUGAGUCGUUAAUCCGGGCUGUGGGGGACCUGUUGGACAAAACAGGCAGACAAACCACUGACAGUAGUGCAUAUAGACGGUUACGUACUUUUUCUGGUUCUGUUCCAACACCAACAGGAGAAGAAAAUAUGGAGAACUGGAUGGACCAAGCUCGCAUGAUUAUCUCAGAGUGCGAGUGUUCUGAGAAAGAGAAGAGAAGAAGAAUUGUGGAGAGCUUAAAGGGGCCUGCUCUUGAUAUUGUGAGAUUUUCGAGUCCAGAAGCUAAUGCGCUACAGUAUCUAGAAGCUUUAGAAAGUACUUUCGGAACCUCUGAAUCAGGCGAAGAUUUGUACUUUGCUUUCCGUCUUCUUCGCCAGUGUCAUGGUGAAGCACUGUCUGAUUUCCUUCGCAGAGUAGAGAAAUCACUAACCAAAGUGGUACAAAGAGGUGGACUGUCUCCACAGAUGGUGGAUAGAGUGAGAGUAGAGCAAUUGAUAAGAGGCGCCGUGGAGUCAGACCUGAUGCUUCUACAGUUAAGGCUGCGAGAGAGAAAAACUCAACCACCUACCUUCUUAACUUUGUUAAAUGAGAUCAGAGAAGCAGAAGAGAGUGAAGCCGCCAGACGGAAAAUCAAAGCUACUGUAAAGACAGUCCAGAGUCAGGAACAAAACCUCAGCUUUGCAGUUGUAAGCGAGUUAAGAGCAGAGAUCCAGGCCUUAAAAACCCGAUUAUGUGAUGAAUCUCCAAAAAUUUAAAAUGCUCCCAGCCUGAUGGAGUCAAAAGUUAAGCCUACUAAGAGAAGUGUGGAGACACCAUCAGAUGAAGUCGAAGCCCUGAAACAACAUACAACAGCUGCAGCAGAAGUUAGGAGUAAUGAAAGUAGGAUAUGGUUUACCAGUAGACCAUGCUUAGCAACAGCAACCAAAACCUGUUUCUGUUCAUUCAAGGACCAGAUCUUCCACUGAUAGGGAGGAUUUCUUCUGUUACCAGUGUGGGGAAGAUGGGCACAUUGCCACAAAAUGUAAAGCUCCUGAGAAUCUUCCUCUGGUUAUUCAGAAACUGGUCCGUUCGCUAAGGAAGGCGAAGAGUGGAAGGAAUGAUGCCUCUGGAGACAGUUCUAAGGUUGGGAAUCAUGAUUGUUAUACUGCAAUAGGGCUGAACGAUUUUGGAAAAUAAUCGAAUUGCGAUUUUUUUUUUAACCAAUAUUGCGAUUGCGAUUUAA